UCUUUGUGCAAACCAAAAGAAUUUCUUUUCACUAUUUUAUUAUCAUACUAAACUCGGAACGAGGUUUCAAAAUUAUAAAUUUCUUUUAAAAAAGCCAGAACAAAAGAGGGAGAGACGCAGCGAAGAAGAGAUGAAGGAAAAGUAAUGGUAGAUCGCAAGCGCUAGAAGUUACCGAGAAGAGUCUAUAGAUCCCUAUGUAACGCACUACUUUCUCCAUUUUGCGUUUUUUCUCCACUACAUUUCCCUUUUUUAUUUUGGUUGAGUAUCGGAAAGAGGGGAUUUCAGCGGAUAACUGAAGUUCAUUUUAAUUUAUAAAAUCAUGGUUGCCACUGCUGCUACAUCCUCAUUCUUUCCAAUCACUUCUUCCCCGGACUCCAUUGACUCAAAAAACAAGAAGCUUGGAAAUGGAUCUACUAACCUUGGAGGUAUAAAGUUGAAACCAUCUGCUUCUUCUGGAAGUUUGCAAGUUAAGGCAAAUGCACAAGCCCCCCCAAAGAUAAAUGGUACCACAGUUGUGAUGACUCCAGUAGAAGGUUUCACGAGCGAAGAUGCUGCAAGUUCCCUACCUCCCAGGACGUUUAUCAAUCAGUUACCUGAUUGGAGCAUGCUUCUUGCUGCUAUCACAACCAUUUUCCUGGCUGCUGAGAAGCAGUGGAUGAUGCUUGAUUGGAAGCCAAGGCGGCCUGACAUGCUCAUUGACCCAUUUGGGAUAGGGAGGAUUGUUCAGGAUGGUCUUGUUUUUCGUCAGAACUUCUCAAUUAGGUCUUAUGAGAUAGGUGCUGAUCGUACAGCAUCCAUAGAGACGCUAAUGAACCAUUUACAGGAAACAGCGAUUAAUCAUUGUAAAAGUGCUGGACUGCUAGGAGAUGGUUUUGGUGCUACCCCUGGGAUGUGCAAGAAAAACCUAAUAUGGGUAGUCACCCGGAUGCAAGUUGUGGUUGAUCGUUAUCCAACUUGGGGUGAUGUUGUUCAAGUAGACACUUGGGUCAGUGCAUCAGGAAAGAAUGGCAUGCGAAGGGAUUGGCUUGUCAGCAAUAGUAAAACUGGUGAAAUUUUAACUAGAGCCUCAAGUGUGUGGGUGAUGAUGAAUAAACUGACCAGAAGGUUAUCUAAAAUUCCAGAAGAGGUCCGAGGAGAAAUAGAACCUCAUUUUAUGAAUUCAGAUCCAGUGGUGGCUGAGGAUAACCGGAAAUUAGUGAAACUUGACGACAACACAGCCCAAUAUGUGCGCAAGGGUUUAACUCCUCGAUGGAGCGACCUGGAUGUGAAUCAGCAUGUCAACAAUGUGAAGUACGUUGGUUGGAUCCUUGAGAGUACACCAUUGGGAAUUGUGGAGAGUCAUGAGCUUUGUUCCAUGACACUGGAGUAUAGGAGGGAGUGUGGGAGGGACAGCGUGCUGCAGUCACUAACUGCGGUGUCUGGUGUGGGCAACCUCGGGAAUAUGGGGGAAAUUGAGUGCCAGCACUUGCUCCAACUUGAAGAGGGGUCUGAGAUUGUGAGAGGGAGGACACAGUGGAGGCCAAAGAAUGCCAAGAGUUUUGGUAAAAUGGAUCAAGUUCCCGCACAAAGUGCAUAGAUCCGAAGUCUCUUUGCUGCGUGUCAAAACUAGCAGUCAAUGCAUUGUGUAGAAUCUUUCUUUUGUUCUUUGAAUCCAUAAUAUAUAUAUAUAUAUAUAUAUAUAUAUAUGAUAUUAGCUUGUAAGCUUUCAAAGCUUGCUGUAAUUAGCUCUUGUUUCAUUCUUUAUUUUAUUUUAUUUUUCAAUUUAAGAGGCUACUUUUAGGUUUAUCAAUCUUAUUUUGCAAUUUGAGAGUAUAUGAAUA